AGAGUACAUUAGAAACACAUGACACACCACCACUUGUAGCUGACAUUAAAACUUAUGAUGACGGAACAAUUCUCGUUCAUGUUAUACGAAAUGAUUCAACACAAUCAAACACUGAUUGUUUAAAAUUUCGUGGGAUGAGUUUGGAACAGAAAUUAC